AUUGCAUUUUCCUUUCUCUAUUUGAAGAUGGGACACUUCAAGCGUUUGUUUGCAACUUUCUUCCUUGUAACAAUGCUGCUUUUGUCCAGUGAGAUGGGAACAAUGAGCAGUGCAGAGGCAAGAACUUGUGAGUCACAGAGCAACCGUUUCAAGGGGACAUGUGUUAGGGACAGCAAUUGCGCCACCGUUUGCCAGACUGAAGGCUUCAUCGGCGGCAACUGUCGUGGCUUUCGUCGCCGUUGCUUUUGCACCAGAAACUGUUAGAACA